UCAAUGCCCAUUCUGUGUAGGUUCCUGAUUCUCUCUGGGUUCUUUCCUGCUGAGGACAAUUCUCUUCCUGUCCCAGCCUAAGAUUGGGGGCCUGAGCCCAGAGCUUCAGUGGCUUGUGCCCCAGCUUCAUGGAUGGAAUGUCCCUGCCACCCCCAGGCUAGACCAGGGGGAUAAGGGUCAGGGUGAGCAUUGUUGAGCCCCUUUUCAACCUUCAUAGGCCAGAGCUGGGUGAGGGGCUGGACAAUGAGCCUCCUCUUCCUUGAAAGAAGGAAUUUUGGUAGAGACAAUAGGGCCCUGUCUACUCUGGCAUAGGGGGCGGUGGCUGACUCAACUGUGCCCCCACCCAGGCCCUAACAAAUGCCAUCAAGAAAUGGGGUCAGUUUUCCCCAUAGUGCCCUGGGUUGCCCCUGUCUGUCUGUGGUGACUUCCCUGCCUCUCUUUCCUCAGCUGAUCUUGCCUCUUCUCCCAUGACCUGACCCUGCUUUGUUCUCUGCUAGCUAGCUCUCUCCCAGCCCCCCCACCUCUCCCCUAGUCUGUGUUGGGUUUAAGGGGUAGUCUAGGGCCAAGGGUACUGGUAGUAUUAUAUAGCCAGUAGCCUCUGCUGAUUUGGGGGGGUUGUCAAGAAAUAAGGGGCCUCAGAAAGUUGUGAAGAUACUUCUAGAGGGCCCUUUGCUGGGGUGGGGUGAAAGUAGUGGGUCUUGGACCCCACUGAGCAGACUACGCUGGAGCUGUGGGAGGCCUGUGGGAGGGGGCAGGAAUGGGAGGGCUCUGUGGCCCAGCCCCUCCUCUCUGAGCAGCCCAGCCUGCCCACCAGUCUGAGCUGCUGCUGCUGCGGCUGGUGGGCCUGACGUCUCGGGAGAGAAGGAAAGGCAAGUGGGCAGAGAAUGUCAGUGGGGAAAGUUGGGGUCAUUCAGAGCCUUAGAGUGCGUGUGGGAUGGUUGCUUGGGUGAAGGGUGUAUGUGAAGGCAUGACACGGGUGUGCGAGGGUAGCAGGAAUGUGUUUUAAGGUGUGGAGUUUCCAGGUGUGGGUUUUUGUGCAAGGAGGGAGAAGGUGUAGUGAUGAAGACCUGAGGUUUUGAAAGUAGGAGUAAGGUGGAAGAGGGCAUGUUAGAGAUUGAAGGGUCAUGAGGGGAGGGAGGAGGGUGUUAGGGUGUGAGUCUGUGUGGUGCUGCAUGGACCACUGCAUGCCCACAUGUGUUGGCAAUCCUGGUGACUAGUGCAAGUGUGUACAGAUGAAUAUCCCAUUACCCGUAGGGGUACCAGCAGGCUGCUCUGGUGGGGCUGGAGCUGAAGUUAAUGGGGGAGGGAAGGGCCAUCAUUAACAUCUUCUUGCCUGCAGCCCAAAGUCUGGAGUCGAGAAUCAUGGGGUCCAGGGCUGAGCUGUGCACUCUCUUAGGCGGACUCUCAUUCCUCCUCCUACUGAAGUCAGGCGAAGGGUCCAAGGGUGGAUCCCUCAAAGAGAGUCAUGGGGUCUGCUCCAAGCAGACACUGGUGGUCCCGCUCCGUUACAACGAGUCCUACAGCCAGCCGGUGUACAAGCCCUACCUGACCCUGUGCUCUGGAAGGCGCGUCUGCAGCACCUACAGGACCACAUACCGCGUGGCGUGGCGGGAGGUGAGGAGGGAGGUGCGGCAGACGCAGGCCGUGUGCUGCCAGGGCUGGAAGAAGCGGCAUCCAGGGGCGCUUACCUGUGAUGAAGCCGUCUGCGCUAAACCCUGUCUGAACGGAGGCGUCUGCCAUCGCCCUGACCAGUGCGAGUGCGCCCCCGGCUGGGGUGGGAAGCACUGUCAUGUGGACGUGGAUGAAUGUAGGACUGGCGUCACCCUCUGCUCGCACCACUGCCUAAACACCGCAGGCAGCUUCGUCUGUGGCUGCCCCGACGGCCUGGUGCUGGGCCUGGACGGACGCACCUGCGCAGAGGGGUCCCCUGAGCCUCCAACUAGUGCCAGCAUCCUUAGCGUGGCAGUUCGGGAAGCGGAACAGGAUGAGCGCACCCUGAGGUGGGAGAUUCGUGAGUUGCGAGGGCGCCUGGAGCGGCUGGAGCAGUGGGCUGGGCAGGCCGGGGCCUGGGUGCGGGCGCUGCUGCCCAUGCCACCUGAAGACCUGCAGCCGGAACAAGUGGCAGAGCUGUGGGGCCGGGGCGACAGGAUAGAGUCUCUCAGCGACCAGGUGCUACUGCUGGAGGAGAGGCUAGGCGCCUGCUCCUGUGAGGACAACAGCCUGGGUCCGAGGCUCAAUCGGCGGCAGUGAGGAGCCCCUGCAGAACCUCUGCCCUCAUUUACAUGGAAACUGGACCCCACUGGUCCUUCGGGACCCUCCAGCUGGGGGGCUGCAGCUAAGGCUUUCUCCACUCAGGAGCAGUGUCUUCCAGCUGGGGCAGAUCGCCUGGGGCAUGGGGACUGCUGCUUCAGCUCCUCACACACACAGAUCUCUCGCAAUCUUUAUUCUCGGUUCUUUGCUGUCAUCCAGAUAAUUAAU